UAGGUUCAGACAAAAAAAAAAUGUUGGAAAAAUUUCCAGUAACUCGGUUCAUUUCUGAUCAAGAAAUCUGUCAGUAUAAAGUUGAUGUAGAAAAUUGGGUUCAAGACUUUUGCUGCCCAAGUCAAGGUUAUAUAAAUUUGUCGCAAAAUUUUGGGCUUUAUCAGAAG